AUGUCCGAAGACCGUAAUAUUUACGGGUACAAUCCCUCUCUACCUGCAGCGAUUAUCUUUAUCGUUCUCUUCAGUGUCUCGAGCGCCCACCAUACCUACCAACUCACUAAGUCACGAUGCUGGUAUUUCAUUCCUUUUGUGAUCGGAGGAAUCUUCCAGGUUAUAGGAUACAUCUGCCGAGCGGCAUCGUAUAACAACUUCACCGGUAUACCCCUUUACGCUAUGCAGACGUGUUUCAUUCUGCUCGCGCCGCCAUUAUACGCCGCGUCAAUCUACAUGGUCCUGGGGCGGACGGUGACGUAUCUGCACGCCGAGAGCCUCAGCAUAGUACCAGUGAAGUGGGUGACCAAGAUAUUCGUGGCCGGAGACGUGAUCUCGUUUCUUACGCAGUGCAGUGGCGGUGGACUCAUGUCCGCAGGAAGCGAUAUGCACGACCUGGGCUCAUACGUGACAAUCGCCGGUCUAGUCAUCCAGCUGGUCUUCUUCGGCUUCUUUGUCAUUGUCACCACGAUCUUCCACUUCCGUAUCGAGCGCCACCCGACUCCUCGAUCGCAAACUGAUCGUGACAAUACUCGCGGCGAUGGCUGGAAGCAGCGCAAUUGGUUGACUAUCAUGAUUGGACUGUAUGUAGUCAGUUUUCUGAUCUUGGUACGGUCGGUUUUCCGCUUGGUGGAGUACGAACAAGGCUACAGCGGGUAUAUCAUGACCCAUGAGGUGUUCAUGUAUAUCUUUGAUGCAUUAUUGAUGUGGCUUGCGAUGCUUGUGAUGAACUUGUAUCAUCCCGCUGAGAUCUUGGGAGAUGGAAAGGGCGGAGACGAAGAGUAUACGGAAACAAUGCAGCUAUAG